CUUUCUACACCUCUCUCAUUCACCAUGCAAUUUGUCUUUCCUUCACACCAAGACUUCUCUCCAACAAUAUCUUUUUUUUCACUCUAUUUCGAAGUCUUUCUCUGGUUACAAGGUUCCUUGCAACUCUCUUGUUCCAGAUGGCAAUAGGAAUCUUUGGAUUGAUCCCAAGCUCAUCACCAGACGAGCUAAGGAAGAUUCUGCAAAAACUUUCGACAAAAUGGGGAGACGUAAUUGAGGAUCUUGAGAGUCUUGAAGUGAAGCCGAUGAAAGGAGCGAUGACUAACGAAGUGUUCAUGGUGAGUUGGCCUAGAAAAGAAACGAAUCUUCGAUGUAGGAAACUUCUUGUUCGUGUCUAUGGUGAAGGCGUUGAGCUUUUCUUUAACAGAGACGACGAGAUUCGGACUUUUGAGUUCGUGGCCCGACAUGGCCACGGUCCAAGACUACUUGGCCGUUUCGCCGGCGGCAGAGUCGAGGAGUUUAUCCAUGCCCGGACCCUAUCAGCAAGCGAUCUUCGUGAUCCCAACAUAUCAGCUGUAGUGGCAACUAAGCUAAGAAAAUUUCACAGCAUAAACAUUCCUGGAGAUCAAACUGUUCACAUCUGGGACAGGAUGAGGACUUGGGUAGGACAAGCCAAGAAUCUGUGUUCAGCUGAACAUUCAGAAGAGUUUGGUCUAGACAAUAUUGAAGAUGAAAUCAACUUGCUAGAACAAGAAGUGAACAAUGAGUACCACCAACAAGAAAUAGGUUUUUCUCACAAUGAUUUGCAGUAUGGUAACAUCAUGAUUGAUGAAGACACCAAUGCCAUCACUAUCAUUGAUUAUGAGUAUGCAAGUUACAAUCCAGUUGCUUAUGACAUAGCAAAUCACUUCUGUGAGAUGGUAGCAAAUUACCAUUCUGACACUCCUCAUAUCUUGGACUACACUUUAUAUCCAGGAGAAGAAGAAAGGAGGAGAUUCAUCUGCAACUACCUCGCCUCUUCAGGUGAAGAACCAAGAGAGGAAGACAUAGAACAGCUUUUGGAUGAUGUGGAGAAGUAUACAUUGGCGAGCCAUCUCUUCUGGGGUUUAUGGGGAAUCAUCUCUGGCUAUGUGAACAAGAUUGACUUCAAUUAUCUCGAGUAUUCGAAGCAGAGAUUCAAACAGUAUUGGCUUCGAAAGCACCAGCUUUUACCUUUCUACUCAUCUCAUAAGUAAAAUAUUACACACAAAAAAAGUCAUGAUGAGAUCCAUAACAUGGCUACUAUGCCAAUGUUAAAAACCAUGUGUAUUUCUUAUGUUCUGAUACUAUGUAAUCAUCCAGCACAAUAAUACUUUCCAAGGAAAGAAUAGGAAAGUUUAAUAUUUGAAUCUUAUUCCAUUGUGAUAUUUACC